UGUAGCCAGCAGCAAAAGAUGCUGGCUGUCGAGUUCUCUGCCAUUUUCAUGCCUAUAAAUUAGGGGAUGUUCUCGGAACAAAUGGAAAUAGGUGUCAUGGGAUUGUGAGGAUUUCUUUGUUUUGUUUUUGCUGUAUUGCAAAAUUUGGAAAACGCAGGUUCCUUUAAUUUCAUCUGACGUGACAACGCAGUACCCGGUUUUCACCCGAAUACUGCAUUUUGCACAUCUUUCUCCGGAGAUCUGGUAUCAGGAAUGAGUAUAGAAAUCCCCGAGGGGUUGACGGAGCUUUUACAGAGCUUUACCGUGGAGGUACUACGGAAUCAGCCCAGGGAUCUGUUGGAGUUCGCCUUGCAGUAUUUUACUCAAUUGAAGGAGAACGAAACCAAGGGGGCCGCAUUUGGCAAUGAACAAAAUUCGUCUGUACGAACAGGGAAAGCCGUCAACUUCAUCGAGGAGGCUAUGCAGAUUGAUUCUGAAAACGAAGAGGACGCGGAUGACGAUGAGGAAUUCGUAGCCCCAGUAAUAAACAGGUUUAUAAGGCGACCUUCUGUGUGUGCAGAGGCAUUCAACCCAGAUGAUGAUGAUGAGGACAAGGAACCAAGGGUGACUCACCCAAAAACAGAUGAACAGAGGCAGAGACUACAGGAGGCCUGCAGAGACAUACUUCUGUUCAAAAAUCUUGACCAGGAACAAAUAUCACAAGUAUUGGAUGCCAUGUUUGAGAAGACAGUUGUUACUGGGGAACACAUCAUUGAUCAAGAUGAUGAUGGAGACAACUUUUAUGUCAUUGAGCGAGGGAAUUUUGACAUCCUACUGAAGUCCGAUGGCACCUCAAGAGCAGUUGGCUCGUAUGAUAACCGUGGAAGUUUUGGGGAGCUUGCCUUGAUGUAUAACACGCCAAGGGCAGCCACCAUUGUUGCUACUUCGACUGGAGCCUUGUGGUGCCUAGAUCGGUUAACAUUCAGAAGGAUCAUUGUAAAAAACAAUGCAAAGAAGAGGAAAAUGUAUGAGGCUUUCAUUGAAACCCUUCCACUGCUUACAUCCUUGGAGGUCUCAGAAAGAAUGAAGGUGGUGGAUGUUUUGUCAUCCAGAGUGUACAAAGAUGGAGAGCAGAUUAUUGCCCAGGGUGACCUGGCAGACUGUUUCUACAUUGUAGAAUCAGGUGAGGUUAGAAUCACCAUGAAGAGAAACCGGUUGAAACUAGACUGUGAGGAGGAGGAGGUGGACAUUGCUACAUGCACCAGGGGGCAGUACUUUGGAGAGUUAGCCCUAGUCACCAACAAGCCAAGGGCAGCUUCAGCAUAUGCUGUAGAGAAUGUCAAGUGCUUAGUAAUGGAUGUCCAGGCAUUUGAGAGGUUACUGGGGCCUUGCAUGGAUAUUAUGAAACGCAACAUUGCUAACUAUGAAGAGCAGUUGGUCAUCCUCUUCGGAAGUCAUACAGAAAUAGAGGAACCAAGUGCAUGAAAUUUACAAAUACAAAAGCAACAACAUCAACAAACUGAAAUGCAACAAAAUGAAAAGGAUGAAAUGAAUACAGGCCUCUCAGCAUUGGUCAGAUGCCACUCGAUCAUAACUUCUAAAGUUCAGAGUUAUUGUUUUGCAUUCACAGAAGUGAAGCUCUGGUGUAUCAGUGAUAGUGAUUUUUACAUGUGAUAAGCCAAAUAUGUAGGACAUUCUUUACAGGUUACACAAGGUUUAUAAAAAGAGUUUUUUCGAUGUGUAAAGUGUUUUGUCAUACUGGGAAUAUACUAUGUUUAUCCAGUUAUUGGGUUAUGUCAAUGUUAUUGGAUUAUUUAUCCAGUUAUUGGUUUAUUUCCCCACUUCUGUAUUUUGUUAACAUGUAUACAGAUAUAAAUGAUUUUUAAUGGUUAUUUUGAGUUUCUCUUUGUGUUUGGCAGCAAGACACUGAUAUCUCGAGCCAUAUUUAUUUGUCCUGUAUUUUAUCACUUUUCUGAAUCCUGUUUUUUUUUUUUUUUAAGUACACUAAUCAGUGUUUUUAAAAUGUCUCAUUCAUAAUUACCUUCAAAGAAUGAGCAAAUCGCACACAAAUUUGGACGGUCCAUGUGUGUCAAUGUAUGAGGAGGAUACAAACCGAAACCUAUUAACUUGUAUUCAUUAAAGCUGGAAGUAUAGCUGUAAUAUAUAAACAAGUAAUGGCUUGGUUACAUGAGAAAGGGAGACAGACGUGUGUAUGCUGAUAUUGCACUUUGAUGCUAGCCUCAUGAAAACAAAAUGGAAUUGCACAUGGCUUUAAGCUGAACAUAAUUAUGUUGUACACAGCCUUUUUAGAAUUUAGUUUAGAGUCCAUACUCAUAAAUAAAAUUCAUAUAGAGUGUUUUCAAUUACUGUUUAA